AUGAUACACAUCCCCAUGUUCGACGGUGCCUUCACCCUAAGCAUCGACAGAACCCCUCGGCCCCUCGGCGACGCAACUCGUACCCUCUACAACCGCGCCAUCUCCAACCCCUCCUCCCUAACAGACCAAGAACGCCGCCUCAUCACACGCCGCCCCCCAGCCGAAGAGGAAAACACCCUGUGCCAGAAAGAAUGCGGACUAACCAUGGACGAGCUCAUCGCCAAAGCCAUUAACAGCAAUGAUAAAAACACCAAUGGCCCCGCCCUGAGCAAUCAAGAAUCCCGUCUCCUCUUGUCCGGCGUCGUUAAGGGAGAAAGCGGCCGCAUCCUGUCCGAGAGGGUUCGUCUCAGUCUGGAAGAUCGAGACCUCAUGAGCCGAGCCAUGGAUGCGGCGACGACGGACGACUUGAGGGUUGCAAGGGAGGCGGCGCAGAGGGUGAAUCAGCGAUUGACGGACGCGUGGCUGGCGGCCAUGGACACGCUGAGCAAUGACGACAUCAGAAAUCUCAAAUUCGCCAUCAACGUGCCCUGGCAGGAGCACGUGCUGCAACUGCAACCCGGUUCGACGUCCGCUGGGGAUUCUGGGCAGGGGCAGGGACUUGAUAGAGAGAGGGGGCGUUUUGGUCUCGUGGUAUUCUACCAGGAAGGAGAAGGGCAAGGCGAAGGAGGAGGAGGAAGAGGUCGUCUUCCGGAAUACAAAUCCCAGAUCGAAACGGCCAUUCACCAUGGCUUACAUUUUUCAAUUGACAUAAUCAAGGAUGAGACGAGGGGGCGGUUUGCCCUGCACUGGGUGGCUGUUCCAGGUAUUGGGAAUGAGGAACUAGACCCGAGUGCACUGCGGAGCCGAUUCAGCACGAUGCUCUCGAACAGCGAGAUCCCCAGUGGGUUUCGACGCGACGCCUUCCUCUAUGUCGAUGAUGAGGCGUACCGGUCGCGGGAAACGGCGAGGCCGUAUCUCUGGUUAGCUGAGCCUGAACCUCAGCCUGACCCUCAGUCCGAGAAUGGGGCUGGGACAGAAGCUCAAUCUCAACCCCCACCUCCGGCUGAGGCUCUACGGCCCCUAAAAGUUGACAUCAAGCACAUCGCGCCGACGUUAUUUGCACGGCUGGUCCAGCGCGAUCUGGAGGGCGAGGCAAGACGGAAGCCCUACCGGAAUACCUCGGAGCUAAGCAAGUUACAUGCGGCCACGCAAUCACGCGCUCGGAAUGAAAUCGAUGGGAUCUGGCCGCCGCCGGCUCGGUACCAGUGA